AUGGUCGGAGGAGCUGGGGAAACCAGCUACGCCUCCAAUUCUAAGUUUCAGGCGUCAGCAUAUCUUUUCACUGGUUUGCUAACUGCGUCCCAGGAGAAGGUACUUCACAUGGCGAAGCCAAUACUGGAGGAGGCAAUAGGAGGGGUUUACAUGUCGCUGCUCCCCGAGAGGAUGGCGGUGGUCGACUUAGGUUGUUCCUCGGGCCCUAACACUUUGGAGGUGGUCUCCGAGGUGCUCGACGUGAUUGGCAAGCUACGGCGGAGCCUGGGACGCCAGGAGAUGCCGGAGAUCCUGUUCUUCUUGAAUGACCUCCCGGGGAAUGACUUCAAUCACGUCUUCCGGUCUCUGGGAGAUUACAAGAGGAAGGUCGAGGAGGAGAAGGGGAAGCUGCUGGUGCCAUACUACGUCGUGGGAGUUCCAGGUUCCUUCUACGGCAGGCUUUUCCCUUGUCAAAGUGUCCACUUCUUCAACGCUUCCUGUUGUCUCAACUGGCUCUCUCAGGUUGCCUUCCUCUUAAUAAAUGACAAUUGCUACACUAUUAUUAUCUGA